UUUACUGCGGAACUGCAAUAUGUCUGCGCCCAUUUAAACAGUGCGCGGUAACAUUCACAAGAGGAAGAUGUGGUAGAACAUGGCUAGUACGGCAGCAUUGAAAAUACUUGUUGCUGGAGAUGUGGAUGGAAAUUUUGAUCAACUUUUUUCCAGGAUAAGAAGCAUUCAAAAGAAAAGUGGAAAUUUUGAUCUUCUGUUAUGUGUUGGAGAUUUCUUCGGCAAAGAUGACAGUGCAUGGAAACCAUAUUUAGCUGGAGAGAAAAAAGUUCCCCUGAGUACCCUGAUUCUGGGCCCUAACCACCAGGAACAUGUCGGCUACUACAGUGGGAAGGACGGCUCUGAACUCUGUGACAAUGUCACAUACCUUGGCAAGAAAGGAAUGUUUACGGGAUUGUCAGGGUUACAACUUGCCUACCUCAGUGGUCUGGAGAGUUCCGAUGACAAGGGAGACGAUACCCAUUUUUGUAAUAAAGACAUCUCCUCCCUCACUCUACCAAUCAUCUCAGACUCCAAGUUUAAAGGGGUGGACAUCUUAAUUACAUCUCAGUGGCCAAGAGGGGUCGACAGAUAUGGCAUAAAAAUGGAUUCUGUGGACACGUCGUCCUGUGGGUCUGAUGUUGUAUCACAAUUAGCCAUGCAUCUAAAACCUCGCUACCACUUUGCCGGCAUGGAAGGAGAAUUUUAUGAACGGCAGCCAUACAGGAAUCACAAAGUUUUGUCAGAUAAGGAAAAACAUGUGACCAGGUUCAUAGGGCUGGCAAACACAAGUAAUAAGGAGAAGAAAAAGUUCAUCUACGCUUUCAACAUCACCCCUCUUAGUGUCAUGGAUCCAUCUGAACUCACCAAACAGCCACCUGGUGUCACAGAAUGUCCAUACAAACUGACCAUGUCCACACAGGCUUUACAGAAGGAAACAGAAGAAAAGUCUGCCCAAUUUUUUUAUGACAUGGCAGAGAAGAAGAGUUCAAAAAAGAGAGGGCAUGAUGGAGGUGGUCCGGACAGGAAGCAUCAGAAAAAACAUCCCCAGCCCACUGGCCCAUGUUGGUUCUGUCUUGGCAGUCCAGAGGUGGAGAAGCACCUGGUGGUCAGUGUAGGUGAUAAUAACUACCUGGCCCUGGCCAAAGGAGGGUUGGUUGAAGAUCACAUUUUGAUACUGCCCAUUGGUCAUCACCAGUCUACUGUGUUGGCUCCCUCUGAGGUUCUGGAGGAGAUUGAUAAGUACAAGGCAGCACUGAAGAAAUGUUAUAAAUCCUUGGGGAAAGCUGUUGUUUUCUUUGAGAGAAAUUACAGGACACAACAUCUCCAGAUCCAGGUUGUACCUGUGCCAGUUGACUGUAUCUGUGAUAUCAAAGAGGCCUUUAUGGAAUGCUCCCAGUCAGAGGGAUUUGAGCUUUUCGAGAUUCCCAAGCAUUCAGAUUUAAAACAGAUCGUACCACCAGGAGCUCCAUACUUUUAUGCAGAAUUACCAUCAGGAGACAAGCUUUUACACAGGAUAUCAAAGAACUUUCCUCUCCAGUUUGGCAGGGAUGUGCUGGCGAGUCCACAAAUACUAAACAUGACUGAGCGUGUUGAUUGGAAAGCAUGUAAAGUCAGCAAGGAGCGAGAAGCAGAUCAGGCCUCAGACUUUAAAUCAGUCUUCUCAGAGUUUGACAUUUGUGAUUUUUGACCUGAGAAAGCGUACAAUUGGAAAGAGACUUAUAUUACUUAGUGUGCUUCCAUUGGAAAAGUAUAUGCACAUAUCAGCUUAAAGGUGUCUUGACAGAUAUGGAAAUAAAAAUUUCUUGUUUAAGAAAACAUCUCAUGAACUGGAAGUGAUCAAAGAUGUGACAUAUACCAGGGAAAUUGGCAAGUGUAAACCCAAGGAGUCUGAUUUAGAUAUGUCCAGUGAAGACAGUUUAUCUAUACUGACCGAUGGUCAGUGUGCUCAAACAUUCUCAUUUGUGGUGUUGUUGGAUGACAGGGAUUAACACAGACCAAUAGGUAUUUAUUCCUUGUGGUGUUAAUAACUUACCAUUGUUAUUCUUGGUCGUCAUGAAAUGUGAUGAAGAUUUUUAAAACAGGAAAGUGACCAGCCACCAUAUUAGGAUGUGAAAUAAAGAAGAAUUAAACAAUUA